GGCUCCCGACCCUGGCCGCGAGGUUACCGCGGACGGAGCAGCGGGGCCUGUUUCCGGUUACCAGGGUCCUUUCCUGUGAGGGCGCGCGGAGUGGGGUGAGAAGCCAUCCCUGGCCGGAGGACGAAGGGGCGGGAUCGCAGACGGCGGCUGCUCGCGUGGCUGGAAUGAAGGAUGGCAGCCCGCCGCACAUUAAAAGCUGUUUUGGUGGAUCUCAGUGGCACACUUCACAUUGAAGAUGCAGCUGUGCCGGGCGCACAGGAAGCUCUUAAAAGGUUACGAGGUGCCUCGGUCUGGAUUAAGUUUGUGACCAACACAACCAAAGAGAGCAAGCAAGACCUACUGGAGAGGUUGCGAAAAUUGGAGUUUGAUAUCUCUGAAGAUGAAAUAUUCACUUCUCUGACUGCAGCCAGAAAUUUAGUGGAGGAGAAACAAGUGCGGCCCAUGCUGCUACUUGAUGAUCGGGCACUACCUGAUUUCAAAGGAAUAGAAACAGGUGAUCCGAAUGCUGUGGUCAUAGGAUUGGCACCCGAACAAUUUUGUUACCCAAUUCUGAAUCAAGCGUUUCGGUUACUCCUGGAGGGAGCACCGCUUAUAGCGAUCCACAAAGCCCGGUAUUACAAGAGGAAGGACGGCCUAGCCCUGGGGCCCGGCCCCUUCGUGACUGGCUUAGAGUACGCCACCGACAGCAAAGCCACGGUUGUGGGGAAACCUGAGACCACCUUUUUCCUGGAGGCCCUGCGGGGCACUGGCUGUGAGCCCGAGGAGGCCGUCAUGAUAGGUGAUGACUGCAGGGAUGACGUUGGCGGGGCUCAGAGUGCCGGCAUGCUGGGCAUCUUGGUGAAAACCGGGAAGUACCGAGCAGCCGACGAAGACAAAAUCAGCCCCCCUCCUUACUUGACCUGCGAGAGCUUCCCUCAUGCUGUGGACCACAUCCUGCAGCAUCUGCUGUGAGCUGCCCGGACCUGGAGCAGAGCCCCUCGACCUGAACACCAGCAUCAGGGGACGCCUACCGCACCCCUGCGCGCCCCAAACCCCCCCACCACCACCACAGUGCAUGAAUGGCACUGAAUGGCAGCCAGCCUCUCAGCCUUGCUCAGCCCCUUUGUUUUAGUCUGUAAAUGAAGAUGGGACCCAAAGAAAGGGAGCUGGCGAUUCCGUGCCACUGCUUGUAAAAUAUUCAUCAGUGCAGGCAGGGCGGCUACUGCCAGGACUGCCACUCUGCUGCUACUGGGGAGCAGUGGGGUUCCGAUGGUGAAUAAAGUUGAAUGGUGGUCUGUAAAUUCCAAAAGAAUGCUGUGAAAGGUACAUCCAGCUAAGCUGUAGUCUCAGUACCGUGUUCAAGCAAAAUCCGACAUUCCUGCCGAGAUGGCAGAGUGAAUGGGUCUCCAGCCCCUACGCCUGCCCAGACAGACAGCGAAUUUGCGUGCGUGGGUGUGGGAAGCUAGAUGCGCCACUGCCUGAGUCCCAGCACGGGCAACUUGUUUUUUUCUCUUCAUUAGCCAGAGAUGACUGGUUUAAAAUUAGACCCUGAUUUUAAUUUAAAAUAAUAUUUCCAUUAAUAACCUAUUCAUUGCAGAUACCUAUUAUACUGUGUAACAGUUGUUUGGGAAAUUUUAUGUAAAAUUAAAACUAUCAGUAUUUUA